CUCCGUACUCAUCCCAACCAAUGGCCACUACUCCGUACUCAUCCCAACCAAUGGCCACUACUCCGUACUCAUCCCAACCAAUGGCCACUACUCCGUACUCAUCCCAACCAAUGGCCACUACUCCGUACUCAUCCCAGCCAAUGGCCACUACUCCGUACUCAUCCCAGCCAAUGGCCACUACUCCGUACUAAUCCCAACCAAUGGCCACUACUCCGUACUCAUCCCAGCCAAUGGCCACUACUCCGUACUCAUCCCAACCAAUGGCCACUACUCCGUACUCAUCCCAGCCAAUGGCCACUACUCCGUACUCAUCCCAACCAAUGGCCACUACUCCGUACUCAUCCUAACCAAUGGCCACUACUUCGUACACAUCCCAACCAAUGGCCACUACUCCGUACUCAUCCCAACCAAUGGCCACUACUCCGUACUCAUCCCAACCAAUGGCCACUACUCCGUACUCAUCCCAACCAAUGGCCACUAUUCCGUACUCAUCCCAACCAAUGGCCACUAAUCCGUACUCAUCCCAACCAAUGGCCACUACUCCGUACUCAUCCCAACCAAUGGCCACUACUCCGUACUCAUCCUAACCAAUGGCCACUACGCCGAAUUCAUCCUAACCAAUGUCACUACUCCAUACUCCUCCUAAUCAAUGGCCACUACUUCAUACUCAUCCCAACCAAUGGCCACUACUCCGGGUCCCUCAAGGGGACCUUACUAACCAUUCUGUAUCUGCCACUCCUCUCUUCCAAUCCCUCCACUGGCCUCCACUCAGUGUCCACCAUCCCUGUCUACCAAUGCCUCCACUGGCUUCCACUCAGUGUCCACCAUCCCUCUCUACCAAUCCCUCCACUGGCCUCCACUCAGUGUCCA